AUGUAUUCGAAGGCAGUUGUCUUGAACAAAGCCUUCGAUCUAGCUACAAAGCGCCUUCACCAAAAAUGCCGAAAUGCCCCGUAUCCCCUGGACCCUGACGUCAUGAGAUUCCCUGUUCCUGAUGCAAAGGUUCCUUGGGAAGUAGACUAUGAUGAUUAUAACCCAGUUAACUAUACUCAUCCUACCGUGUGGAAUGCUCUGUGGGCCGACCCCGAUAUCCGGUAUGACCACGCUCGCAAGCUCAAAUUCAAUGCAAUAGACAAUGGAGUAGAUCGCACGAGUUACGUAAAGCCUUACAAGUUGAAUAAAGAUGGUCUGCCCCUCAAUCCACAAGGCCGCACUGGUAUGACUGGUAGAGGAAGCCUUGGCAGAUGGGGCCCCAACCACGCCGCCGAUCCUAUUGUGACACGGUGGAAAAUGGAUAUUCAGAACAAAAAGGAGAUUAACCCGGACUCCGGCAAGUUUAUCCUCCAAUUUGUGGCCAUCAAGCGGAGGGACACCAACGAAUGGGCAAUACCCGGCGGCAUGGUUGAUCCUGGUGAAUCUGUAUCUUCAACUCUUAAGCGAGAAUUCUCCGAAGAGGCUCUUUGCUCAGUUGGGGCUUUUGGUAGCGAACUGGACGAAAUUCGAUCUCAAGUGCAAAAGGCGUUCAAAAACGGUUUCGAGGUCAGAAGUGACUCUGUAGCUAUAUGUUUCUAUGCAGUACCUUUCUAG